AUGCCGAAAGGCUCCGGCCGAAGCCAACAAGUCCCGGGUCCGGAACAGCCCGUAUCGGGGGCCAUGGACCUUGACCCAAAGCGACAAAAGAACUGGAUAAAUCAGUUCCAGACCAAGUGGUUGUUUGAUUGGCUAACUUGGCGAACACUCAAUGUCCGAUAUUUCUUGAUCACCGAUCCGAAACUCGAGUAA